AAUACACCACAAAUGAGCAGAAACACGAAAGAGAGUGAAUUCAAAGGAACUCUGGUUUUUCGCACAAAACCGACGAGUUAGAGAGAAUGUGUUUUUAUCCUGGAGGCGAUCGGCGAGUAAGAACUAUUGUGAGCAAAGAGACAGUGCCACGAACGUAUUAAAGAGCGCGACCUAGUUCGCGACUCAGCCAGAUUUUGGUAACCUCGGUUUUCUGUUAUUCUGUCACUAACAAUUUUAAGACGUCGUGCUGCUACUAUGGCGACUGAACAGAACAACACGACCGGAUCUGGUGUUGUCGAUAUCAAUCGGCCCUUUCGCUCCCUGGGAGUCAACUUCCAGCGCUGGAGGCAGAAGAUGAUGUUCUAUCUAACGAUCAAAAAGUUGGCGCAUGGUCUCACCAACAUGCCGGUGGAAUUGAACGAGGAAGCAAAUGAUAUGGAGAGGGUUGCUGUCGCAAAAGUGAAGGAAGAGGACUUCUUGUGCAAGAAAUACAUCCUCAAUGGGAUGGCAGAUGAUCUCUACGACUACUACGCGGAUUAAAACAACACCGCGAUGAUGGUCUGGGAUACUCUCCAAAAGAAGUACGACACAAAGGAUGUUUGAGCCAAGAAGUAUGCUAUCAGCCGCUACCUGCGCUACCAGAUGGUGGACGACAAGUCUAUCGAGAUGCAAUCUCACAAACUUCAGAAACUAGCCCAUGAGAUCAUUUUUGAAGGUAUGCCUCUUGAUGAUCAAUUUCAAGUUGCUUGCAUAAUUGAUAAGCUGCUCCCUUCGUGGAAAGAUUUUAAGAAUGUUCUUAGGCAUAAAACUAAAAAAAUUUCACUAGAAAGUUUGAUUACUCGCCUAAGGAUAGAGGAAGAAGCUGGAAAACACGAUAUGAAAGAAGAGGUAUUGUUAAUCAGUGCUAGAUGGUCCACACCCAGAGCUCUGAAGCUAAAUCCAAAGGGGUUCAAGAAACAAAAGCAACAGGUCCGUCCCAACCAGAAUGGUGCCUCUCGAGGUAACCAAAGUGUCACGACCUAAUCCUCUAAGAAUGAUACACUGUUUAUCUGCUAUAACUGUGGUAAACCAGGUCAUAUGACAAAAAAGUGCAGGAACAAGCCUAACCAUGCUCCUGCCAGGGUUAACUUGACAGAAGUGGAUUUGGUGGCCACGAUCAACGACAUGAUCGCUGAAGUUAACCUUGCCGGUAACUCAAAAGGAUGGUGGCUGCAUACAGGAGCCUCGAAGCACGUAUGCAAUAAUUGUGCUAUGUUAAAGACGUACAAUGAGGCACCUGCUAAUAAAAAAGUGUUGCUAGGUACUGCCCACACCACUAUAGUUGCUGGUUUUGGGGAUGUGGAGCUAAGCUUUGCCUCUUAUAAGACGAUGAGCUUGAAGGACAUCUUGCACACUCUAGAGAUAAGGAAGAAUCUUGUUUCAGAUUAUCUUUUGAAUAAGGCUGGGUUCACUCAAACUAUUGGGGUAGACUUGUAUACCCAUACUAAGAAUGUGACUUUUGUGGGAAAGGGUUAUGCUUGUGAUGAGAUGUUCAAGUUGAAUGUUGAAAGCAAUAAGAUGAAUUCUUCAUUUUACAUGAUGUGUUAUUUUAAUGUUUGGCAUGCUCGUUUGUGUCAUGUGAACACACGAAUUAUGAAGAAUUUGAGCAACUUAGGAUACAUCCCUAAACACUUAUUGAAUGAAUUUGAUAAAUGUGA